ACGACUAGUGACGUGACGUGAUCACGUGACCUCUCGCUAGCAUCCUCCUUGCAACAGUUUAGCAGCGCGUUGUGAUGAUAGAGAGAGAAAAUACAAGCACCUCCAGUCCCUGAAGCUACUGGUACUUCAGAUGAUUUAGUGCCGAGACGUGGGUCCUAUGGGCUUCAGUGUUCAGAGCGCUAAGCGCCUUCAGCGGUAAAAAGAUGUCAGCGAAGACAGGUUUUUUUUAGCGCAGCGCUCAGAGCGCUUCAAGUUGAAAUCUGUUCAACUUUUAACACCGCUGGGCGCUUGGAAAAUGAGUUUUUGAGCGCUCUCAGCGCUGUAAAUGCGUUUGGUGGACACAAGUCCAGCUCAGACAAUUCUAAUCACAUUUUAAAGGAUAUCGACUGAUUAUCGUUAUCGCCAAAAUCCCAACAAAUAUUGAGAUAUUAUUUUUUGCCCAUAUCGCCCACCCCUACUGGUCAUGCAGCAAGUGUUACAGUGAACCAGCAUGCACCAUAACAGGCCCCUGAAACUGAAGCAGCUAAAUGAAAAUUCAGCCAUCAUUUAUUCAGUAUUUUCACCUGUGCUGUUCCUACUGUCACAUGUCAAAAUGUGCUCUGUGAAAAGCCCUAUAAGUGCUUUGUAGACCUUUUUCACAGCAGGGAUUUUGACAUGAAAUAUUAGGGUAAAUACAGGUGUUACCUAUGAUACUAAAAGGUUCUGUUCCAUUCAGGUCAAACCGAGUCAGGGUGCUGCUAUUGUACAUGCUGAGUCGCUGUAAAGGUUCUGCUACACUAAAUGGAACAGAACAUUAAUUCGGUCAUUGGUAAUUACUGUUGGCGGUUUUGCCUACAGGUUAGUUAAUUAUUUUAUAUAGUGACAUUGUCUUUAACAGCGCUUCCCUUUUCAUGGAUUUCAUAUUGUAUAUGUAAUUUCAGCUGCGUUAACAUUUUAAUUACAAUUUACUUUAUUUUAGUCUCAUUUUAAUUUGAUCUAGUUUAAUAUUUUUCAGUGUCAUUAUUUUUAUUUUACAUUUUUACCACCACUAAAGAACCAGUGUGUAAACAUUAGCGGCAUCUAGCAGUGAGAUUGAAGAUUGCAACCAACUGAAUACUCCUCGGCUUCCAAGCAUGUAGGAGAAACUAAGGUGGCUGUGAAAAACACUGUAGAUAAAAACAGCUCACUCAUUCCAUUUCUGACAAUAGAUCCUCCUACAUGUUACACACUGGACCUUUAAUGUCAGCGCUGAGCAGCAGCUGCUCUCCGCCGCAGGGGGCGCUCUAGCACACUACGCUGUAAUUCCGUCCAGCGAAGAAGACGCGGGAGCAACAACAAUAACACAGCUAGCUACACUGAGGAGAACAGCUACAAAAUGUCCUUUUUGUAGCUUGUUUAUCCUGCUUUAACACAAACAGGCAGAACGUUUCCAUGAACAGAGUCCAAAAUACAUCUUGACGGAGGUGUAUUCAGGCGCCAUAUUGUGUUUUUAACACAGAAAUGACAUGCUGUCGCUGCUGUGACGCGCAGACGAUAGGAGCUAACUAGCCGCACCGUUAGCUUGUUUCCAGUCAGUCCGGUUCUCUUCUUUCGGGUUUCUGUUUAAUGUCACUGGGCUCCGGUACCGCGUGCAGACAUGGAGAGCUUGUACAAGCGGAAAAUGUUCGCGUCGAUGCGGAAAACCAAGGUGGACGCAUCGAAGAAGCGGCAGAUCGGCCUACCCGCCUCCAUCCUGGACGACAGUGACGAAGGCUCCUUCUCCUCCUCCUCCUCUUCCUCCGGAUCCCAAUCCGACUUCCAGAGCUCCCGAGAGGAGGACAGCGAGCAGGAGGGUCGGGAGCGGAGCGAUUCCGGGGCGACUUCGAGCGACGACAGCCGCUCAGUGACCCGCAGAAAGCGCUCAUUCCUAGGAGGCGACGACAGCUCCUCAUCCUCCAGCUCCGGGGAGGAGGAGGAGGAUAAAGAGAAGGACAGGAGCCAGCCGAAGAGGAUGGUGCAGCCCAAGAAGCGGAGCAGGCUGCAGCGGCAGGACGAAUCGGACUCAGACCAUGCGGAGGAGAAACGGAGAGAGGAGGCGGAGAAGGCGAAGAGGAGGCAGAGACACAACAAGCUGCUGGCACUGUCCCGGAGGAUGAAGGCCCGGGUCCCGAGCAGGAGGAGGAGCCGCCUGAAGCAGGGUGCGAGCGACGAGGAAGAGUCCAAAGAAGCUGAGGAUGAAGAUGGAGGCAGAGGAGAAAACGGCAGCAAGAAAGAGGCAUCGGAAGGCGACGAUGGAGGCAGAGCGAAGGAGAAAGACAAGGAGGAGGAGAGUGAGGAGGAGAGCGAGGAGGAGGAGGAGGAGGAGGAUGAGGAUGAGGAGGAGGAGGGGAAGGGGAAGGGGAAGAAGUAGAUCCACACCGUGAUAGGGGACAAAGAAGGAGUUUGAAUGUGAAGAACUUAAACCGUCUGAAAAUGUCUCCCUACUUUUAGCUUGUACAGUUUUUUUUUCCUCCUGCAGCAUUUAGAGUGGAAAACAAAAACACUCAAAUAUGGAGUUUUGUGGUCAUAUCUGUUGCUAUAGAAACAGACAUGCAACAAAAAGACAUCAUCUGGGCAGCCUUUUGAUCCGUUACAAAGUGUAUUUUGUGAAGGAAGCGGAGCCAGAAAUGGGACGCAGCCUCAGAGUGAUGCUGAGAUCCAAAAGGGUCUCAUGGAUAUGUCCCUUCUGGGGCAGUGUCAUGUGAUAACUCUUAACGAUGUACCCCUGCUGAUCUGCUGACACGUCAUGUCAUUUUUUUUAUCGCAGAUAAGAAUGAUCAUGUUCCACUGACAGGUAUUGUUUCAGUCUGGGGGCUUAUAAUGUCCCAGUGGAAGAUAGCCACUCCUUAAAGGGAGCUGUCACUGAUGGGAUCAUUGUGUGUUUGCUAAUGGCACAUUGACAUCAUAUGGGAUGGAUGGUAGAGAAAGACUUAAUGACUUGUAAGCGUUCAUGUGAUCAGACAACUGGUUGUGUGAUUACAGUGUUGGUCAAGUGAGGGUUAAAAAUGUGCUUUGACAGUAUAACACAUUCUCCUGUACUGUGGGUUGGAUCACCUAGAACGGUGUUCUUUGGCUGACUAAAGGUGUCCUUCUUUGUUUGAUACAUACAUUAUUUCAGAAAAGUCUCCCAGUCGUAAUGACGACUUUAAAGUUGAUGUGAAUGUGGUAUAAGCUGUUUGGGCUAGCUGUAGCUAGCUGUAUAUCCCUGUACGGCAAGCAUAGUGAGUGUGUGCUGUUGGACAUAGCUUGGACUCCAUCAGAGUCUUAACGUGUAUCGGUGCACAACAAAUGUGUAACAUGUCCCCGAUUAGGCCAUUAAUGCUAGCUCGCUACCAUCGCACUGCGUCCAAAGUCUUUAUUAUAUUGUAAUAUUAUUGUCCUUUUUCAAGACGAUUAAAAGAUAAAGCUGACAUAUAUAUAUAGUCAAAACUUAUGUUAGCUAGCUAAUGUCAGCAAAACACUAGCCAACUAGCUAGCUAAUUUACAUUAAUCAUUAGUAAGCUAGCAUUUUGCUAGCAGUAGCUAGCUAACAAGAUGUGAUUAUGUAUAUAUGCUAUAUGAAGCAUUCUGAAGAUAAAAGCGACAUAUACAGUACAGAUGUUUGCUCAACUGUUAUUUGGAGCACAGAGCAAAAGGGGCGGGACUUAGGAAGAGUCAGUUGUCUCAGUUGUCAGCUGUCUGCUGCUGUCAUGGUUGAAAGCUCCACAAAAAGCUGGUAAGUGGAGCUUGAGCUGAGAUCAUUUUGUCCCUCUACUCAGCCCUGCACAUGCUGUUUAUAAUGGCCAUAUACUGGUAGAUCAGCAUACUCAGAAUUGGCAGAUGACAGUGAAAUAAGAGUAGCGCACCAUCAGCCACUUUUUAAUGUCAGGGCUGCUGCAGCGUCAGUGUUGGUUUGAGCUGAGACUCUGCUCCAGAGGCUUUAGGUUCCUUGGAUCUUGUGUUUUAGCUUGAGAAAGAAGAGCAGCUCAGUGGGCGGGGCUUCAUCAGUGUGAGCUGACGUCCUGUGGGACGUGAAUGUCACCUGGCUGAAAUAUCUGUGCAAACAAUGAGACACUGAGAUGAAGAAACGCUCCGUUAUUGAAACAGACUGUCGAUAAAAGGAGAGAGGUCAACUACAAGUCCCAGAGAGCUUUGCUAUAAGAAACAUCCAAUCAGAAGGCUGUAGUUGUUGAUUUGUUCCUGACUGCAGUGACAAAGUGUUCUGAAUAUGACUUCCCAGGUGUGGAUGUACAGUGGCUGCUGAGGCUUCUGGGUACUGCAGUAUUUAUAGAUAUACCCAACUGACAGCACUCAGAUUCUUUCUGGUUGCACUUUCUUUGUCUUUCAUUCACUUUUUGGUUAAACAAGAGAUUAUAUUGGAUACUUUUCCUGCAAAUCAGACGUUUUAUUUAAUUUUUAUUGCGAUUAUUGUCUGACAGGCUCCUGGCUGAUGUCAGCAGAGAAUAUCAGCUACGAACUGAAACACGUUUUAUUGUACAGUAGCUUUUUAUUUGUUACUGUUUUGAAGUAAUGUUGGCAGUAAUGUCUGUAUUUUUUGGUAGUUCUGUCCAUCUCUUCUGUGAGUUAAAGUACAUUUGACUUAGCAGCCAUACUCUGAUUGGGAGGAUUUGCUGCUUUUCUCUGUCUUAUAUCAUUGUAAACAGAAUGUCUUUGUGGUUAGAGAGAAGAAGACAGUUGAAGACGAAACCUUGGGCUUGGGAAAAGGACAUUUUCACUAUGUUCUGACAUUUUAUAGAAAACAAUUAAUGAAAUGGGUGUGUUUAUUGUAAUUGAAAAAAAAACAUACAAAACAGCUGAAACAUAAUGUUAGAGUUUGGAGGUGCGUCUAACUGACCUCACACACCCCGAAAAUUUUCCAGUAAAAUGUUAUCACAGCUAACAGGACAAAGAACUAUCAAAAUAAUACUCAGACGUAGUGAUUUUAUGUUAAGUUCAUACAUGUCAUCUAAGAUUCUAUAGAGAUUCUAUAGAAUUCUUCUAAAUGCAGAAAAUGGAUCACAGUUCACUUCUUUCAUUCGCUGAAAGCAUUUCCUUUUUGUAAAUGGUAAUAUAUACAGUGUUUCCUGAACUGUAUAUAGAAUAAUUUGGGCUGCCCACCCAAAAACUCUCUUUAUACUUUUCUAUUUAUUUCUUCCUCUUUAAAGUCUGUUACAGUGUGUGCUAAUUCAUAUGCUAAUGUAAAAAUUGGACAAAUAAUGUCCUGCCUAAGCUCUUUUUAAAUAUUCCCUUCAUUUAUUCUUUCCUUCCCAUUUCCUCCCUUCCUCCAGGCUUUCUUUCUUCUUUUUUCUUAGUCUGUAAUGGUGCAUUUAAGUGCAUUCAUACAGAUAGGAAGAAAAGACAUCCCUAUAAGUUGUCGGCUGUCAGCUUGUGAGAAACCGAGUUGUAAAGAAUGUUUUUUUUAUGUCCAGUUUUCAAUUUGCAGCAGCUCAGAGUGUUUAAGAGCCUUGUGGCCUUUUCUGCUUUUUUCGCUCAACUACUGGACUCAGUAUGUAAUACAGAAUAGAGGCGACACACACACAAACACACCUGUCACAGUUACAUAUCAGUGCUGUGUAUUUACUUGUUUUCCAGUGUAUUUCUGGUCUUUUGCUGCUGUAUAAAGCUCCUCAGACCAACCUGCCCUGUUGAAAACACCUCUUUUAUUAAUAAAGUCUCUUUUUUUGACCAACAAAUCUUGUGUUGGAAAUCAUCACAUUUUAACUUUGGUAGCGUAUAACUACAUUUUCUAUGAAUCAGCCUGGCUUAGCUGUAAAAUAUUGGGAAUUAAUAUCAUUUAUAUGUGAAAACUGCAUGAUAAACCAGAGUGCUGAAGCCUCAGGAUAGUAAUAUCAAAACACAUAGUUUCUGAGUUUGGCUACUAGACAAAGAACUACAGCUCCCAUGAUGCUUUGACAGAACCUUCAUACAGCUAGCUGCAGCCAAAAGUAUUGGCACCUUUGCACUUUUCUAAAAUGGUGCGACAUUUUUUUGAAAUUGUUGAAAUUAAAACUAUUUUGGUAUUUA